AUGCACGUCUUGUCUAUCGUGGCUGCUAGCCUACUGGCUGCUCCUGGUGCCAAUGCCAACCUCAAUCAGUUGAUGAAGGCCGCUGGAAAGCUGUAUUUUGGUUCUGCUACAGACAAUGGUGAACUGUCUGACUCAGCAUAUACUGCUAUUUUGUCAAAUGUCAAUGAAUUUGGUCAGGUUACUCCAGGCAAUACUCAAAAAUGGCAAUACACAGAACCAUCACAAGGCCAGUUCUCCUUUACUCAGGGCGAUGUGGUCACCAGCUUUGCGGAGAAGAAUGGCCAGAUUCUGAGAUGUCACAAUCUGGUUUGGCACCAGCAGCUUCCCAGUUGGGUAAGCUCCGGGUCAUGGACUACAACAACUCUGACAAGCGUUUUGCAAACACACAUCACCAACGAGGUAACUCACUACAAGGGCCAAUGCUACGCCUGGGAUGUUGUCAACGAGGCUCUGAAUGAUGAUGGUACCUAUCGAACGGAUGUGUUCUACAACACACUCGGGAACACAUACAUCCCGAUCGCUUUCAAAGCAGCAGCUGCUGCCGACGCGGAUGCGAAGUUGUAUUAUAAUGAUUACAACAUUGAGUACAGUGGUAGCAAGGCUACCGCUGCUCUAGCGAUUGUUGAUCUCAUCAAGAAUGCAGGAGGCAAGAUCGACGGUGUGGGUUUCCAAGGUCAUUUCAUCGUUGGAUCUACACCCAGUGCCAGCUCUUUGGCGUCGACCUUGAACAGCUUCGUCGCCAAGGGUGUGGAGGUCGCCUACACGGAGGUCGAUAUCAGGCACAGCAGCUUGCCUGCGUCAGCAUCUGCCAUUGAGCAGCAGGCCACUGACUACCGUGCUUUCGAAGGCUGCCACUGCGACUGUCAGCUCUCCUGUUUCAACCACAACAUCCAAGCCCCUGACCACUUCAACCACUUUGGCAACAUCUACAACUAA